CCUUUUCCGAAGUCCAAAGCAAACCCAAAAGGCAGAAAGUAAAACACUUGGACAACAUGGCAAGACGCGAUAGGGUAGUACAUUUGCUCAGGCAACUUGAAAAAGCAGCGUGCAGUUGUCCUGCCCAUUCCCAUAAAUUCUAUCGAGCUUCAGGACAUGACUGUGGAAGAAAGACUGACUAUGCAUUUGAGAUGGCCAGCUCAAACAUUAGAUAUGGAGAGGGUGUCACACAAGAAAUUGGUAUGGAUCUUCAAAAUAUGGGAGCCCAAAAUGUGUGUCUUAUGACGGACAAUAACCUGUCUCAGCUCCCUCCUGUCAAAGCUGUGUUGGAAUCCCUGAUUAAGAAUGGGGUAAACUACAAAGUUUAUGACAAUGUGCGUGUGGAACCAACAGAUUCCAGCUUCAAGGACGCAAUUGCUUUUGCCAAGAAAGAAACGUUUGAUGUUUAUGUUGCCGUGGGAGGAGGCUCAGUGAUGGACACCUGUAAAGCUGCCAACCUGUAUGCCAGCCAUCCUGAGGCAGAUUUCCUAGACUUUGUCAAUGCGCCCAUAGGAAAGGGAAAGCCUGUAAUUGGUGCUCUCAAGCCCCUAAUAGCAGUUCCCACAACAGCAGGGACUGGCAGUGAGACGACAGGUGUUGCUAUCUUCGACUAUGAAAAACUGAAGGCAAAGACUGGCAUUGCUAACCGAGCUAUUAAGCCAACCCUUGGAAUAGUGGAUCCUCUUCACACUCUUCAUAUGCCUGAGAGGGUGGCUGCGAACAGCGGUUUUGAUGUGCUAUGCCACGCCCUGGAGUCCUACACUGCUCUGCCCUACAACAUGCGCAGCCCCUGCCCUCCCAACCCCAUGAGCCGGCCCGCAUACCAGGGCAGUAACCCCAUCAGCGAUGUCUGGUCCAGGCAUGCUCUUAAUAUAGUGGCCAAGUACAUGAAACGGGCAGUGAACAAUGCUGACGAUGUAGAGGCCCGGUCCAGUAUGCAUCUUGCCAGUGUGUUUGCCGGGAUCGGGUUCGGAAAUGCUGGUGUACACUUAUGCCACGGCAUGUCUUAUCCUAUUGCUGGAAAUGUGAAAACCUACAUGGCUAAGGGCUAUAAUGUGGAACACCCUGUUGUGCCUCAUGGCCUGUCAGUAGUGCUAACCUCGCCUGCUGUUUUUGCCUUCACUGCCAGUAUGUGUCCAGACCGCCACCUGGAGGCUGCAGAGAUACUUGGGGGACACGUGAAGAACACCAAGCGGGCCGACGCUGGGCUGCUCCUGGCUGACACCCUGAGACAGUUCCUCUAUGACCUGAAGGUGGACGACGGCCUAAGCGCCAUCGGCUACACCAAGAACGACAUACCUGACCUAGUCCGAGGAACAAUACCACAGGAGAGGGUGACAAAGCUGUCUCCUAGAGAACACACUGAGGAGGAUUUGACAAAUUUGUUUGAGGCCUCACUUAAGCUUUACUAAGAAUGUAUCUAAAAUAAUUUUUUCAAUAAAUAUUUUCAGGCAUGUG